AUGGUUGUUCACGCAGUCCUAUCCUGCGAAGCACCUUCUUACAUACACAGGGCAUUGGCUGCGAGGGAGCGCAAGUCUUACAUCGCUGGGCUUGUGGCAGCGACAGCCGUGGUCAUGGAAGCUCUGAAGUCCUUGGUUGCGCAGCUCUUCCCUGCGGAGUUCCUUGUUUUCGCAGUGCUCCCCUGCGGAGUUCCUUGUUCACGCAGUGCUCCCCUGCGAGGAUUUUUGUUGACGCAGACCUAUCCUGCGAACCACCUUUUACGCUCGCGGGGCUCAAGGCAGCGAGGGAGCACAUUCUUACAUCGCCGGGCUCAUGGCAGCGACAGCCGUGGUCACGGAAGCUCUCAAGCCCGCAGGCAAGAGAGGGUCACUAUGAUGCAUCAAAGAGCGAGGACCAAAGUGUGA